AUGGCCGACCUUUCCAGCGGCACAAUCACCCAUCCUGCCGCGGAUGACCUGCCUCGUUCUUGUCUUGUUCAGCACGACACAACGCAGAAGAUGCGAGAUGACACUGCCGAACAAGAUCAUCCCAAGCCGCUGCCUGAAGGCGAGUGCGUGUGCCCAGUCGUGCCUCUGGAUAGGCUUUGCCCACAGUGCCGGACGAUUGAGUUCGACACCAUGGCCAAUACGACAGACUCGUACACUCACGAAGAUGAAAAUUUCUUCCGAGGCGAGGCGACUCAGGAUGUCAACAACAACAGAGUUAUCAGCAAUACCAUGUUCGAAAUGAAUGCCAUGAGGGGACUCGAAGAUUUCCACCUGUUUCAGGUCUGCUACGGUGAUUAUAAAUCCUACUCGAGACAGUAUCCACGCAAGAUCAUCGUUAUCCCAAGCCACAAAGGUCCGGGAUUCUUCGGGCGUCACAUCGACAGGGACGCAGUCGACCUGGGAGCCGUGUGUACACAGCUGCAGUUCUGUGAGAAGAAUCACGAAUUAUGCAAGCCCGUGCAUUCCGCAUCUACCGCUUCCAAAUACCGAGAUCUGGGGCUGAGAGCCAUUGACGUGGACAGCAUGACGGUGGUCCCCAUCAUGUGGGAGAAUGAUAGAUAUGUCGCGCUCAGUUACGUCUGGGGCUCCACCCACACGAAUGAAGAAGACCGGGAUUGCGAGCUUCCCAGCAGACUGCCGCAAGUGGUGCAGGAUGCUGUUGUUGUCACGAAAAGUUUGGGACACCGCUUUCUAUGGGUUGACCGCUAUUGCAUCCCCCAAACUGAUAUGGUGGCUCGGCAACAGCAAAUUCAGGCCAUGGGGGAGAUCUACCUGCACUCUUCCCUGACCAUCACUGCUGCCGCCGGAAUGGACGCAGAUUAUGGGCUCCCAGGGAUCUCCACCCGGCGAUCCAAACAGGAUAGCAUUCGCGUUGGUCAACACUGCCUCUUGGCUUUCUAUCCGCCUAUCCAUGAGCUCCCCACAACGAAGUGGGCCUCUCGUGGAUGGACGUAUCAAGAGGGUCUUCUAUCUACACGUCGCCUCAUAUUUACACAAAGUCGGGUCUUCUUCGAGUGCCGAGAGGCACUAUUUGACGAAUACUGCACGGCGUUUAACGUGGAGCCCUCAGAUGCUCACUGGUCAUCGUCAUACAAGGACCUCUUUCAUGCUUUCCGGUCCUUCGUCCCAGACCGUGAAGAUGAGGGCGAGUUCUUCCGUCAAGCGGCGAUGCGGAUUGGGGAAUUCAGCCAACGCGAGCUGACGUACGACGGAGACGCUCUUAAUGCUAUGGCUGGGGUUCUUUCACUGUAUCCUGACAUUGCCUUCUGUGGCCUUCCGGUCCCAAGGCUUCUACCUGUCGGGUGUCGCCUUGACAGGGAAACGGACUCCUUGACCCUGGCGUUGGCGUGGACGGGGAGUGACCAGCCGGGUUCUACGAGACGUCAUGCGUUCCCUAGCUGGACCUGGGCGGGCUGGAAGAAGUGUGUUUAUCAGGGUCCUACAGAGCCGCAUCCCAAGUACUAUUUCAAAUUUCUGGUCGAUACUAUUAGCGUGCAGUUUAAGGACACUGCUGUAGAUUGGGAGGCUGGUAAGAGGGACAUAAUGGCGAGGAGCAGAGCAGGAACUUUACCAAUGUGGUUACAAAUUUCUGGCUGGUCUUUUACUUCACUUGAAGAUCCCGAGUCACAGGUCGAACACUGCAUCAUUGCACGUGACUCUAGUGUUGCUCAGACGGCAGUUCAAACAAGCUGA